CCAAGUGAGUGUGAUAAGAAAAACUGAAGAUAUUGUGCAAAUUAAUGAUUAAGGAAGGAAAGAGAAACAGAACCUGAUAGAUAAGAGUAAAAAACCAAGUGUGAUUUUACGAUCGGAAAGAAGAAAGCGUAAAAAUGAUCUCCUGGACUUUGUUUUCUUUGAUAUAUACGCAACUUUGAGUAAAGGUUUAGAGAGCAGUCAAUAUGGACCCUCUCUUCCUCAAUCUGAGCCUGCCACAGCAGGCUGUUGCUGCCACUUCCACACCUCCGGUUGCAAAUCAGGUUAAUGGCCUUCCACAGGAGUCAAAACUCGCCACAUAUAUUAGUAAUCGACACCAGCUGCCAGCCACCUCACAGCCACAGCAGCAACAGCAGGAGCAUUCCCUCACCAAGAGCAUUGCUGCUCUCAGCCUGGAUGGGGUUGGAACGAGGAAAAUCAGUGUGCCAUCAGUGAGUAGUAUAGCAGAGUUUGUGCCUGGGUCAGGUGGAAGUGCUGGCCUGGCCCACUCUGCCUCCACGCCCUCCUUCCAUUCGUUCACUGGCCUCGGCUCCCCAUCCACGCCAUCCUCGCUGAGCUUCACCCCGAUGACUGGCACUUCCCCAGCAGCCACGGUGGCAUCUCCCCAACGGCCUGUUUCUCCCCAAGGGUCACCCAGCAGGGGACGGCACUCCCCUCUGGUGGGGGGUGGAGACGACACAAGCAAUGCUUCCAGUUUGUCCACCUACCAAGAAAAUGUAGGGGGCACCACCUACUUCUUCACUGCCCAGGACCAGCAGUCGUUCACAGCUGGGGCAGCACCUUCGCCUGCCCCAUUCACAGCUGGUCCACCUCCCCUGGUGUUCCCACCUUAUCACAUUCUACCGCCCACACCUGCCCACAUCCACCACUUGCGUGCGCCCAGCAACACGCCGCACUUCUUUAUGGGGGAUGAAUUGCGGCAUGACCUGUUGGAGAGACACGCUCUGGCUCUGGCUCAUGUUGACCCAGAGAAUUUUCCUGAUUUACCACAAGAGGUUGACAUGUACCAUGAGUUGGUACCCCUUGAACCUCAGCCUGCGAUAAACAAAUCAUCUAUGUUUGGAUAUGCUACCUCCGUUUACAAGGCGACCAAUAUCAAGACAGGGCUUCAUUACUGCCUUUAUCGUAUUCAUGGCUAUCGGCUGAGUAACGUGAAGGUCACCCAGCUGGUGGAUCUGUGGAAGAAAAUUCAACAUUCCAGUGUAACUCAGUUGCGAGAAGUGUUCACCACAAAGGCCUUUAAUGAUAACUCAAUUGUGUUUGUCUAUGACUAUCACGCCGGAGCAGAAACCUUGGCUGCUCGUCACUUCUCCUCACCAGCAGCACUGAGUGCCAGUGGUUGGGAGGGUCUGGUCAACUCACAUGGAGGGACAAGCGGGAACAGUCCCCAUGACCCAUCGUCCAGGAGCUUACACAAAAGCCAUCGCCACAAUUCCGGGAACAGUCUGUUGCCAGAGGCGACCCUCUGGAACUACAUAAUCCAACUCACUGGGGCAUUGAGGACCAUCCACACUCAGGGUCUCGCUUGUCGCACACUAGACCCAUCCAAAAUUCUCCUUACAGACAACAAGUCAAGAAUCAGGGUGAACUGCUGCGGGAUUCUUGACGUGUUAAACUUUGAUCCGAAUGCUGCCAACCCCCUGGCCAACAUGCCUCAGUAUCAGCAAGAGGAUUUAGUGAACCUUGGGAAACUAAUGGUGGCUCUGGCAUGCAAUUCCAUUCUGGCUCUGCAGCGAGACAACAUCCAGGCAGCUCUGGAACUCAUCAACAGAUCAUACUCACGGGAUUUGGCUAUGUUGGUAGUUUGUUUGCUCACCUCUCAGCGCAUCAAAAGCAUUAAUGAUGUUAUGCCAAUGAUUGGUGCCAGGUUCUACACUGCUUUAGAGAGUGCCACGCAGAGAGCUGAUGUUUAUGAGAGUGAGCUGUCCAAAGAAAUACACAAUGGUAGACUUUUCCGUCUUUUGACAAAGUUGAAUACCAUUGUUGAUCGACCAGAACUCAAUAUGGACACAGCCUGGUGUGAGACAGGAGAUAGAUAUAUGCUGAAACUCUUCCGUGAUUAUGUGUUCCAUCAGGUAACUGAUGAUGGAAGACCGUGGUUGGACUUGGGACACGUGGUGACUGUUCUGAAUAAGUUAGAUGCAGGGUCUCCUGAUAAGAUUUGUUUGAUGUCUCAUGAUGAGCAAAACAUCCUGGUGACCUCCUAUGCAGAAUUAAAAAGGUGCUUCGAACGCUCCUUUGCUGAGCUGCUGCAGGCAGCAUCUUCACAUAAGGCAACAUAACCCUAUACAAAGGGGUGGUUGACUUCUUGACCCUCCAAUAAGCAAUGGGAAACAAUCAUCUCAAAGCCACUUAUUUUAUCUGAUGGAAUUUACUCAUUUUUUGAUGCAUCGGAGGGGUUGGGAAAAGGGAUGAAGAUGAAGGUACAGUAGUGGUAAUGGUCCAUGUAUUAAACUUACCUUUUUUAUUUUUUAUUCUCAAUUUUUUUUAAUCCAUAUAAAAUAAAAGACAAGUUUAUUUUGCUACUAAAUAACCAUUGGUGAAGACUGUUUGUAACUUGAAUCAGUGAAAGUUUUGUGUCAUUGAUUGAAGAGCAGUGAGGUUUCUUCUCUGUAGAAUUGUAUUAGGACUUGGUUUUUGGCUGGUCUGAGCUGGGAAGAUGAAGGUUUCAGUGAGGAUUGUACACGGGAAGACAAACAGAAUGGACGUUAAUGCUCUCGCAGUUAUUAAUAUUAUUUAUUAAUUAUUUAUUACUUCAUAGCCAGUAUGCAACAACAGUCAUAGGUAAAAGAUAAUUUUUUGGCAUUAUAUACAUCUUACUCAGUUGUUUUUCAAAUAAUUAGUCUUGGAUUCAAGGGCAAGUUAUGAAUAAUGCUGAUUUGCAGUUAAGGCUAAUUCUAUCAGCCAGACUUAGUGAUUGUGUGUAUAUAAGUUCGAAAGUAGUGAACUGGAUAUCUUGUGUAUGAGUAUUGUAUCAAUUACAAGUAUUGCUGCUGUCUAGGGUGUAAUACAUCAAUCAGUAGUAGAAAGAUAGGCCUCUUGUGUACAUUGAACUAAGCAAUAGAUUACUUCCAGCACUUGUGGAGAGAGGACUUAGGAAGCUGUUUUCCAGAAGGAUAUUUCAGAGAUAAACACAUUUUUAGGAUAGGGGUAAUGUUAAAGCUGUAUGUGUAGGGAAAAAUGUAAUGCAAAAAGGCAAAAAAAAAAAAAAAAAAAAAAAAAAAAAAAAUCUAAUGCAUUCACAUGUUUUUCAUGAACACAAAAUGUGUUCAUUUAUUAUUUAUCAGUCAGCUUGCUUUACAAACGUGAAAUUUUUAAAAGGAAAUUGAGAGCUCAUUUGAAAUACAUGUUACAUAGCCAUUGAUGGGGCUACUACUGGGUGUAUAAGCAUUCUGUGAUAAGUGGAUUUGAAUUGACUCACAUAUUCUGGGAAGAAUUAGUCUUGUAAAAUUGAGAAGACAGAAAUCUGAAAUGUGUAUGCAUAAUCCAUGAGUAACACCAGAAUAUGUACAUAUGCACUUCAUGAUGUUCAUAUGGCAACACAAAGAAGUGCAUACAUGGUAACACAGCAUAUAUGUUACACGUAUAUUUUCACCUACACUUACACCUACACUUACACUGACAACUAAAUUAGUUAUUCCUUAUCAAAACCAGUACAUGAGCAUAUGCAUAUCAUACAUACUUUAAAAAAAAGGAAGAACAGAUUCAUGUGCACACAUUUAGUAAAGUGAAAUUUACACAUGUUUACACUUGAAAUAAUUCAAGUAAAGAGAUUCAUAAUGUGCUUCAUAUAUUUACUUUCCACUUGUUUUUUUUUUU